AUGUUUCGAAAUGUUCGAGAUUAUUUCAAAAGUAAUAAUGAUGUAAAUGAGGAAAAUAAAAACGACGUGGGAAGUGUUAAUAACGAUGAAAAUAAUGAAAAUUAUGAUAAAGAAUCCAAUGAUUUUGUUCAGAGAGAUUUUAAUAAUGAUAUAAAUAAUAAAGAUAAAGAUUGUGAGGGAUUCAAUUUGAAUAAAUUAAGUGCUAGUUCUAAUGAUAUAAAUAAUAUUACACAAGAUGGUAAUAAUAUGAAUGAGAACUUGAUUAAUAGAAAAUUGAAUUCAUAUGUUGAAGAAGCUAAUGAUAAUGAUAAACAUAUAACCCAUGAUGAUAAAAGAAAAAGUUAUUUGAAUAAUAAUGAAGAGAAUUUUGAACAAAUGAAUGAACAUAUGAAGAAAAGAAAAUUAAAUGAUAUGUCAUAUAUUAAUAAUGAAGAAGAUGGAAUUAUGAAUAAAAAAGAUAGUUACAUGGAAAUGAAUGAUAAUGAAAAGGUUUCAACUAAUAUUAGUGCUAAUAAUGAUAAUAAUAAUAAUAAUAAUGAUACUUAUAAUAAUGAUACUUUUAAUAAUAAUGAUACUCAUAACAAUGAUACUUUUAAUAAUAAUGAUAAUAGUGAGGAGAAACCCAACUAUUUACAAGAAAAACUAGAACAACUACUGGCACAAACAAAACGAUAUACAGAAAAAUUAGCUGGACAAAGAUUAAAAAUGAAUGCACAAAUGAAAAGUAGUAAAAAAGGACGUUGUUUAUUAACAGAAAAAGAAAUAUUUAUGUGUAGUAAAAGAUGA